UCAAGAUGGAGGGAUCAGUCAGACUAAAAUAUUGUAAACAAUUGUUUAUUUGUUUGUUAUGUACGAGUCUUGUUUAUGGCGACCGAUUUCUCCAAGAUAGAUAUGAUAACUGUGGAUCCUAUGAGAAACCACAAGAAGUGAGAAUAACAGAUGUUGAUAAAGAUUUUAUUUAUUCUCAGUCUAAUAGUUACUACAGUCCAGAACGGAACUGUAUUAUGACUAUUAUUGGCAAGAAGAAUCAUCAGAUAGAGCUACAGUUAACAACCCUGGAUAUUGAUGGUCAUGCAUAUAGAUCAGAUCAUUGUGGUGGAUUGUGUUGUAAAGACUAUCUGAAAUUAUUUAACAGUUAUAGAGUUGAUAAUGCCCGGUUAAUACCAGGUAUAGGACAGUGGGGAUUGUGUGGUUCUGAUUUACCACAACGAACCGUGUUUAAAACCACCAAUAACUAUGUCACCAUACAAUUCCGUGCUGACGAGUUGUCUGAUUAUAAACGUGGAUUUGUUCUCCAGUUCCAACAGUAUCCAUGGAAAAAUCCUGGAAUCUAUCCUGAUGGUGGUUUUUAUGGAGGUUGGAAUGAUGGAUCUAGAAAUGAACUACAAGUAGAUUGGAAUGAACAGAGUCAACUUCCUGGUGAUUUUCAACCGGAUAAAAACCCAGAUUAUGAGAAUACGGGUGGAAAACAGUGUUAUGAGUGUACCGGGUGCAGUCUAUAUUCAUUUUAUCCAAGUAAAGAAAAAGAUGUCUCCAAGCGAUCUGGGUGUUAUGUUUGUUCUAAAUCUUGGAGAGAUGACUUUGCCUCAGCUCAAAGAAUCUGUUAUACAGAGACCCAGUAUUUCAAUCUAUUGACAACACUUGUAGAUUCCAGUGUAGGAGAUGGUAAAGUAAGGGAAUAUAGAGGGUGUAAGAAAUUUCUAGAUAGUUUAGGUAGAAGUUUAAAUUUCUGUUUCUGUGAUACAGAUCUAUGUAACAGUGGAAGAAGAGUUUAUACCAACAUAUUUUUGUCAGUCUUCUGUCUCUUCUUUUUCUGGUUUCUAAAAUAUUAACAUUCUGGUUUGUAAAACAGUAACAUUCCAUUUCACUCUUAUAUCCCAUACACUUACUGGAUUUAAAUGCCAGAUUUCUCUUAAAUUUGAGUUUUGAAAUUUUAGAUUUUUAUUACCUAUUUGAGAAUUGAAGUUUAAACAUUUUUUCAUGACAAAUUCUUUCAAAAUGUAUAUUUGCAAAUUUUCUAAAGGCGAGAAAAAAACUAUUUUGACAUAAUUUUGGAAAAAAAGCUAAUUUGUUUUUUAUUGCAAUAAGUUUUAAUGCACAAUAUAGAUUUAUAGAGAGAGUAUUUGAUUGUACAUAUAUUUUUAUACAUUAUAUCAAAAUGAGAUGGAUGAAAAUAAUUAAUUAUUGUUGUACUUUGUGCUUAAUCUCAUUCAAACUGUUAUCAAUUCCUUCAGUUUCGAUAUACUUGCAAGACAAAAGGAAAAAAAGUUGAUUUUCUUACUAUAUUUAGCUAGUUAUCUGGACCAACGUAAUUAAAUUCAGCACUGCCUGGCUGUGACAGAGAUCUUGAAGCAGGAAUAAGUGAUGCACCAUUCCAUUCUGUAAAUCUGGACAUUCCACAUCAUGAUAUUCUAUAACCAUUUUGUAAUUUUAAUCAUUCCAAUUGUAAAUAAUUCAUUAUUUUUAUUUCUUUUAAUAAAACUUUAGAAUUAA